AUGACCCGCUCUUCUACAAAAGAGUUGAUCAGUUACGAUCCUGAAAUUGAAAGAUAUCUUCGAUUGCGCAGGAAAGAACAAACAUCGUCUUCUCAAAGAGCAACUUGUGAAGAAAUGGAAAACCAGGAAGCAGAGGACAUUAACCCACUUGGGAUCCCACCACCAGUCCAGGUAGAGGAGCAAUUUGAUGAAGUGGCGCCAAGGCCAGCAAACAGAAUCCUGAGGGAUUAUGCUAGACCUGAUCGCUUCAACUGUGAAUCUAGUGUCAGGAAGCCCCCAGUGGCAGCCAACAGCUUUGAAAUCAGGACCGUCCUGAUUCAGACAAUUCAACAAUCUUGUAUCUUCACUGGUGAUACAAGUGAAGACCCACAUAGUCAUUUAAUUGAUUUUUUAGAACUUGUAGAAACUGCUAAGUACAAUGGGGUACCUCCUGAAGCUAUCAAGUUAAGGCUAUUUCCUUUUUCUUUAAAAGGAGAUGCCAAGACUUGGUUGCAAAGUUUGCCUCAAGGGUCCAUUACGACAUGGGACCAAAUGACUCAGAAGUUUUUAAACAAAUAUUUUUCCCCUGCUAAAACAACAAAGUUAAGACAACACAUAUCUAAUUUCUUGCAGACUGACACUGAGUCAGGUUAUCAAGCUUGGGAAAGAUUAAAAGCAAUGUUAAGAAAAUGCCCACACCAUGACAUUCCUAAACAUAUGCAAUCGUACAGGCUAAUACCCUCUGCUAGAAAUGUGAUAGAUGCAGCCGCAGGAGGUUCUGUAAUGGGAAAAACCACAGAGGAAGCAUUGCAGCUGUUGAAUGAAAUUUCUGAGAACGUGAAUACACAACAAUCAAACCAAUCUGAGGCUUGUGACAUAUGCGGAGGAAACCACCAGAACCAUGAAUGUCAAGCAACCAAUCAAAUGGAUGAACAAGUUAAUGUCAUCGGUUGCAAGCCAUAUCCUUUUGGGAGUCCAAUGGCACAAAAGCAUCCAGGAUUUCAGUGGAGUAACCCAAAUGGUGCAGAAAACUCUCAAAGCUUCCAGCAACAACAAGUACAGGGUCCGCCGGGAUACCAGAGUCAAAAUCGUGGACAACUAGGUUAUAGACCUUAUCAACAACCAGGACCAUAUCAACAAGCAGGGUCAUACCAGCAGAGGCCCCAACAAGCUCAUCCAAGUCUUGAUGACCUUUUAUACAAGUAUAUUAAGGUCACUGAUGAAAAGAUGGAAAGCCAAAAUUCAUCCCUCAAAAAUAUGGAAAUUCAGUUAAUCCAAUUGGCAGCUCUUGAGUCAGAAAAGAUUCAGGGUCCCUUACCAAGCAAUACAGAGAAAAAUCCAAAGGAGCACCUUAAGGUCAUCGCUUUAGGGUCAGGUAAGGAACUUGAUGAACCUUAUGCGGACAAGCAAGAAAAGAACCAGACUAAACAACAGGUAGAUAAGGGUAAGAAUGUUGAAAAACCAUCUGAACCAUCAAAGGAGAAAGAAAUAAAGAAUAAGGAAAAAAAAUUCUGA